GAGUGUUCAAGUUGGGACUGCACGUUGAAAAGGCCACGAAAUUCCAUUCCCAGUAAUCAAACAAACGUUUAUGCCAGCAAGUCCCAUGCUGGCUCUGAGCCCCGCCCGAGCCCGAGUCUUCAAACGCUUUCCCUCCUUUCUUUCAUACACCUCUUUCUCCGCUCCCAACUCCCUUAACGAUAUACUCUCCUUAUUCCUCUCCAGCCAAAAUUUCAAUCUCCAAUCUCUCCUUACAUCUCAUGCUCUCAUCAUCACUUCUGGUAACUCCCACAACGUCUUCACUGCAUCAAAGCUCAUCUCUCACUAUGCCUCCCUCAAAGGACCAACAUUUUCUUCUAAGGUUUUUGGUUCGGUUCAUCUCAAGGAUACUUUUCUUUGGAACUCGAUAAUCAAAGCCCACUUUUCUAAUGGCGAUUGCUCAGAUUCCCUUUACUUCUUUUUUCGAAUGCGAGCCUCUGGUUUUGUUCCCAACGAGUUCACUCUUCCAAUGGUUGUUGCUUCAUGUGCGGAUUUGUUUGUGCUAGACCAUGGCAAGAGCAUUCAUGGGCUGGCUACCAAAAUCGCGCUUUUUCAGGCGAACUCUGCAGUUGGGUCUUCUUUUGUGUAUAUGUAUGCCAAAUGCGGUGAGCCGGGGGAUGCGCAUUCUGUGUUUGAUGAAAUGUCCGUGAGAGAUGUGGUUGCUUGGACCGCACUUGUUAUUGGGUAUGUGCAUAAUGGUGACAGUGAGAAGGGCUUGGAAUGUCUUUGCGAGAUGCAUAGGAUCGGUGGUGAUGUGGAGAGACCGAAUUUCAGAACGUUGGAAGGUGGGCUUCAAGCCUGUGGGAAUUUGAAUGCAUUGGUUGAAGGUAGGUGCUUGCAUAGUUUAUUGCUGAAAACUGGAAUCGAGUGUUCUGAAGCAGUUAAGUCUUUGCUUUUGUCCAUGUAUUCCAAAUGUGGUACUCCCGUGGAAGCUUAUUUUUCAUUUUGUGAAGUAAUGAACAAAGACCUUCUGUCAUGGAUGUCAGUUAUCAGUAUUUACUCCAGAUUUGGGCUGAUGGAUGAAUGCUUAAGUUUAUUCUGGGAAAUGCAGAUUGCUGGGAUAAUCCCUGACGAAAUUGUUAUCAGUUGCAUCCUUCAUGGUUUUGGUAAUUCCUUAUGUAUCAGCUCGGGAAAGGUCUUUCAUGGAUUAAUGAUAAGGCAAAAUUAUUUAUUUGGUGACGUUGUUCAGAAUGCAAUGUUAUUUAUGUACUGCAAAUUUGGGCUGUUAAAUCUUGCAGAAAAGCUCUUUAGUGGGAGGGUGCAAUGGAACAAAGAGUCCUGUAGCUCUAUGAUUUCUGGCUAUUACAAGAUAGGAUAUAAUGCAAAGUGCAUAGAAUUAUUUAGAGAGAUGCAGUAUCUAGGCAUUGAAGCUGAUUCAGAAAGUUUGGUAUCUGUAAUUUCUUCAUGUUGCCAAUUGGGAGCAACAGUUCUUGGUAGAUCACUUCAUUGCUAUUUAAUAAAAAAUUCCAUAGACAAAACUGUCUCAAUUUCUAAUUCACUCAUAGACAUGUAUGGUAAGAGUAGUCAUUUGACAUUAGCAAGGAGAAUAUUUUGCCGGGCACAGAGAGAUAUUAUAACUUGGAACACAAUGAUCUCAUCCUAUAUUCACAAUUCACAUUUUGUGGAGGCAAUAGCUCUAUUUGAUCAGAUGCUUUCAGAAAACUUAAAUCCAAACCCAGCAACAUUGGUAAUGGUGCUUUCCGCUUGUUCUCAUCUUGCUUCUCUUGAUAAAGGAGAAAAGGUUCACCAUUACAUUAUGGAACGAGGACUUGAGAUCAACGUAUCUCUUGGAACUGCAUUGGUUGAUAUGUAUGCAAAAUGUGGGAAACUUGAGCAAUCUAGAGAGCUGUUUGACUCAAUGAGAGAGAAGGAUGUUAUUUCCUGGAACGUUAUGAUCUCAAGUUACGGAAUGCAUGGACAUGCCAAAUCUGCAAUAGACAUAUUCCAGGAUAUGGAACAUUCUCACGUACAACCAAGUCAACUGACCUUUCUUGCUCUUCUCUCAGCUUGUAAUCAUUCAGGACUUGUUGAAGAAGGGAAAUAUCUCUUUAAUAAAAUGCAAAAAAUUUACGCUCUGAAACCCAAUUUAAAGCACUAUGCUUGUAUGGUUGAUCUUUUUGGUCGGUCUGGCAAUUUGCAAGACGCUGAAGCUUUGGUUCUCUCCAUGCCCAUCUCUCCUGAUGGUGGAGUGUGGGGAUCUUUGUUAAGUGCCUGCAUAAAACAUCAUGAAUAUGACAUGGGAGUAAGAGUUGCCAGGCAUGCUAUUGAGUCUGACCCAGGUAAUGAUGGAUAUUAUAUAUUGCUUACGAACAUGUAUAGUUCUAGUGGAAGGUGGGAUGAAGCUGAAAAUGUAAGGAAAAUGAUGAAAGAAAGGGGUGUGGAUAAGGGAGCUGGGUGGAGUGUAAUAUGAAUUAAAGAGAUUCUUCUUCAAUUUUGUUACUGCAAACUCUUUCUCAACCAUAGUUAAAGGAGUCUUGGGAUCGACCUUCUAUUGACUGAUGAAAGGAUGAAACCAUUCAUCCCAGUAGGUGUUGGUACAUCAGGCGAAGUGGGGCUAGAGCUGCUUCUAACAUGAAAAGACAAUCGGAUGAUCACAUGGAUAGCUUUUCAAAUGAAGGAGAGACUGCAAAAUGAUUCUGAAACUGUGAUGGCACAAUUUCUUCUUGCAGGUUCUUGAACCUAUGGUUCCAUAAGAAUAUUGGGAUAAAUCUACUGACUAAUAACUAACCAUUAGUGAGAUCAAAUAAUCUGUUCUGCAAUUAUUUAUGAUAGGUUUUUUUUUCUCCUUCACAUUUCUGCAUUCUGUUGAUAAUUUUAAAAUAUGCGUAAGGAUUCUUGGUGGAUGAUACCUUAGCUAACUAAAGGGACUUAAUUUGUAAUACCAUAUUACAGGUCUAUUCAAAUGGAUUUUGCUGUUUUCCCAAA